AUGGCCCCCGCCCGGGCCCGCCUGUCCCCCGCUCUCUGGGUCGUCACGGCCGCGGCGGCGGCCACCUGCGUGUCCGCGGGGCGCGGCGAAGUGAACUUGUUGGACACAUCAACCAUCCACGGAGACUGGGGCUGGCUCACGUAUCCUGCUCACGGGUGGGACUCCAUCAAUGAGGUGGACGAGUCCUUCCGGCCCAUCCACACGUACCAGGUGUGCAACGUCAUGAGUCCCAACCAAAACAACUGGCUGCGUACAAGCUGGGUGCCUCGGGACGGCGCCAGGCGCGUCUACGCCGAGAUCAAAUUCACCCUGCGUGACUGCAAUAGCAUCCCUGGAGUGCUGGGCACCUGCAAGGAGACCUUCAACCUUCACUACCUGGAGUCUGACCGGGACCUGGGGGCCAGCACACAGGAGAGCCAGUUCCUCAAGAUCGACACCAUCGCGGCGGAUGAGAGCUUCACGGGCGCCGACCUGGGCGUGCGGAGGCUCAAGUUGAACACGGAGGUGCGUGGCGUGGGCCCACUCAGCAAGCGCGGCUUCUACCUGGCCUUCCAGGACAUAGGUGCCUGCCUCGCCAUCCUCUCACUCCGAAUCUACUACAAGAAGUGCCCCGCCAUGAUACGCAACCUGGCGGCCUUCUCGGAGGCAGUGACCGGGGCCGACUCGUCCUCGCUGGUUGAGGUUCGAGGCCAGUGCGUGCGGCACUCAGAGGAGCGCGACACGCCCAAGAUGUACUGCAGUGCCGAGGGCGAAUGGCUGGUGCCCAUCGGCAAGUGCGUGUGCAGCGCUGGCUAUGAGGAGCGGCGUGACGCCUGCAUGGCCUGUGAGCUGGGAUUCUACAAGUCAGCCCCCGGGGACCAGCUGUGUGCCCGAUGCCCACCCCACAGCCAUUCUGCCACCCCUGCGGCCCAGACCUGCCGUUGUGACCUCAGCUACUACCGUGCGGCCUUGGACCCACCCUCGGCGGCCUGCACCCGGCCACCCUCAGCACCCGUGAACCUUAUCUCCAGCGUAAAUGGAACGUCUGUGACCCUGGAGUGGGCCCCUCCUCUGGACCCAGGUGGCCGCAGUGACAUCACCUACAACGCAGUGUGCCGCCGCUGCCCCUGGGCCCUGAGCCACUGUGAGGCUUGUGGGAGUGGAACACGAUUCGUUCCACAGCAGACGAGCCUGGCACAGGCCAGCCUGCUGGUGGCCAACCUGCUGGCCCACAUGAACUACUCCUUCUGGAUCGAGGCCGUCAACGGUGUCUCUAACCUGAGCCCCGAGCCCCGCAGCGCCGCCGUGGUCAACAUUACCACAAACCAGGCAGCCCCGUCCCAGGUGGUGGUGAUCCGGCAGGAGCGGGCUGGGCAGACCAGUGUGUCACUCCUGUGGCAGGAGCCAGAGCAGCCCAACGGCAUCAUCCUGGAGUACGAGAUCAAGUACUUCGAGAAGGAUAAGGAGAUGCAAAGCUACUCUACCCUCAAGGCUGUCACCACCCGCGCCACCGUGUCAGGCCUCAAACCCGGCACUCGCUACGUGUUCCAGGUCCGAGCCCGCACCUCAGCAGGCUGUGGCCGCUUCAGCCAGGCCAUGGAGGUGGAAACCGGGAAACCCAGGCCCCGCUACGACACUCGGACCAUCGUCUGGAUCUGUCUGACCCUCAUCACGGGCCUGGUGGUGCUCCUCCUGCUUCUCAUCUGCAAGAAGAGGCACUGCGGUUACAGCAAGGCUUUCCAGGACUCAGAUGAGGAGAAGAUGCAUUACCAGAACGGGCAGGCACCCCCACCUGUCUUCUUGCCCUUGAACCACCCCGCGGGGAAGUUCCCAGAAACCCAGUUCUCUGCAGAGCCCCACACCUAUGAGGAGCCAGGUCGGGCAGGCCGGAGCUUUACCCGAGAGAUCGAGACAUCCAGGGUCCACAUUGAGAAGAUCAUAGGCUCGGGGGAGUCAGGAGAAGUGUGCUAUGGGAGACUGCAGGUGCCAGGACAGCGGGAUGUGCCUGUGGCCAUCAAGGCUCUCAAAGCUGGCUACACGGAGAGACAGCGGCAAGACUUCUUGAGCGAGGCAGCCAUCAUGGGCCAAUUUGAUCACCCUAACAUCAUCCACCUUGAGGGUGUGGUCACCCGUGGCCGCCUGGCAAUGAUUGUGACUGAGUACAUGGAAAAUGGUUCUCUGGAUGCCUUCCUCAGGACCCACGAUGGACAGUUCACUAUUGUGCAGCUAGUGGGCAUGCUCAGAGGGGUGGGCGCUGGCAUGCGCUACCUCUCAGACCUGGGCUACAUUCACCGAGACCUGGCCGCCCGCAAUGUCCUGGUGGAUGGCCGUCUGGUGUGCAAGGUGUCAGACUUUGGCCUUUCAAGGGCUCUGGAGGACGACCCCGAAGCUGCCUACACCACUGCGGGAGGGAAGAUCCCCAUUCGAUGGACAGCGCCAGAAGCCAUUGCCUUCCGCACAUUCUCCUCAGCCAGCGAUGUGUGGAGCUUCGGUGUGGUCAUGUGGGAGGUGCUGGCCUAUGGUGAACGGCCUUACUGGAACAUGACCAACCAGGAUGUCAUCAGCUCUGUGGAGGAGGGUUAUAGGCUCCCAGCACCCAUGGGUUGCCCACGUGCCCUGCACCAACUCAUGCUGGACUGCUGGCACAAGGACCGCACCCAGCGGCCCCGCUUCUCUCAUGUCGUGAGCGUUCUGGAUGCCCUGGUCCAAAGCCCUGAGAGCCUCAGGGCCACAGCCACCGUCAACAGGUGCCCACCCCCUGCCUUCGCCAGGAGCUGCUUUGACCUCCGAGCAGGCGGCAGUGGGAAUGGGGAUCUCACUGUGGGGGACUGGCUGGACUCCAUCCGAAUGGGCCGGUAUCGGGACCACUUUGCCGCUGGCGGGUACUCCUCCCUUGGCAUGGUGCUUCGCAUGAAUGCCCAGGAUGUGCGUGCCCUUGGCAUCACCCUCAUGGGCCACCAGAAGAAGAUCCUUGGAAGCAUCCAGACCAUGAGAGCCCAGAUGAGCAGCACCCAGGGACCCCGCCGGCAUCUCUGACCCAUGGCCACUUGGCACUGGUCAUACCAGCUGUCAGGGGCUCCACGGGCCCCCCAGAAGUCAGGGUUAGCCCCAGAGCAAUACCACAGGACCUAGAGUGACAGGGGUCAGGCACCUGGGACCUUGGUGCUCCAGGUAGAGAGGACACCUGCCCUCUGGAGGCAGGCACAGGACCUUGUGUCUUCUAGAGCCUGGAGACCAGAAGCCAAUGGUGACAUCACUCACCUAGCUGAGAGUGCAUGCAUGCAUGCAUAGGGUUGAUGGUACGAGGUGCUCCACGAGGUCCUGGCAGCUGAUGGAAACAAUGUGUAAUCAUGUCUCUGUUCCCCGUCAGGCCCCAGCACAGACGUGUGCAGGUUUCCAUGCGUGUGCUUAUAUCUACUAGGGCAGGAGCCGCACGUG